AUGACCACAGCCGCGACUGAACCAGCAGGAGUAGCUGCUCCUGCUGCUUCAGGAUCCUCGUCUAGUGCGAGACACUCGGCAGCUGCUCCUCUGCUGCACACGCCGAUCCAACUUUGUACAUAUGCACAGCCGCGGCCAUCCCAGCAUACGGCGACAUAUGAACUGUGCAAUGCAAGUGCACGUACCACGCGGCACUCCCACGUAGCUGUUGGCGACGUUGUACGGCUGAGCUCUCGUGGUGCUCUGGGCUCUGUUCGUAGGCGUCGAGGACUUGUGGCACUUCUUGAGCAGGGUACUGCUAUUGUUCUGAUGGAUUUGCAGACUCAGACACCCGUUCACACACACACAUUAGCACCCUCUGACCAUGUGUGUACACCGCCCCUCGUUGUCGAGCGGAGCUUGUAUGUACCUGCCAAGCAGCCUGUUCGCACAACGUACGUGGGCGUGCAAGCGACGUCUGAGCACACUGAGGUGCGCGCAUACACGGAAAUACUAGACUCGCGCGGCAAACAUAUCCCGGCGCACGCCCCAGGAAGCGCGGAUCCCAAUGGGAGCAGAAACGGCGCGUCCUCUGGCGUCGGCAUGGACAUGGGUCACCAGACCGUCGGCACUGUGCCAGGCACGUUAUGUGCACUCUACGCACUAGGCAACGGCCAGCUUUUGGCCACACGCAAGGACGGUGCUGUGCUCCUCCUUGCGGAUCCUAUCGCUGCCCAAAGUGUUCGUGUCCUUGCGACGUACGAUAGUGGGAAUAUGCUGCUCCAUCAUGUGUGCCUGCUGGAUUCGAACGAUGCGCGGACUCUUCUCCCCCAUGAACAUGAUGCGGCGCGCCCACUGCUUGGUGCACUAGCGCUGGCCGCCAGUGCAUCGCCGACCAGUACGGAUGUCCUCGUCCACAUAGUGGGUGUGCACACAGAUUCCCUGCAUGCACAGACCUGCAUGCUCCCUGCUGAGCAGGAUAUCAUGAGCUGUGCUCUGGAGCCGCACGGCCGCCUGCAUGUUCUGACGAGUGGGCAGAAGUUACUUUCAGCUAGGUUCCACGCCGUUGAUGCGCGUCUCGUGAUCGACGAGCCGUCUGCGCUGCAGCUGCCGCCCGUCGACGAUGCAAGUCUUGUUUGCUUGUCAGCCUCACACCUACUAGCGGUGGUCUUGCGCACAGAACAUGGGCGCACACGUGCAUCUGCUCUCCUGUGGGACAUGGAUCUCGACGCUGUGGUCGCGACCGUGGAAUGGUCUGUUGCGCUGUCGGGACCUGCUCGAAUCAGUGCCACACGCGCAAUGGACGACUACGUCCUUGUGCAAGUCGAUCCAUAUGCAUCCAGUGAGUCGAAAUGCUCCGUCGUGGCUUUGCCUGUGAGUGUACCAACGACCGGCCUGUUGCGCCACGCUCUCGGUGCAGCUGCACGGACGGCACCCUGGCUUGUGUCGCCCGAGACCUCGUCGGUGCGGUCGCCGGACUCGUGCAGCACACAUGCAUCUGGCUCGCCCAGGGCUCGUGCGCUGCUCGAUCGUCUGCAGGGCCUGCCGACGCACGAUGCGGCUGCGCGCGCAAAAGCGCUAGAUGCUCACGUCCUUGCAUGGCUCGAAGCAGAGAGUGACGCGCUGCGUGAAGCCACACAAACCAAGGCUGGGCGCAAAGCGCCGAAAGUUCCGCUCGAUGCCGCACUUGUCCAGCAGGUGAUGGACAUGGCGCUGCCGGCGUUGCCCGGCACCAGUGCAUCUGCGCUCGCUUCGUCGGGCACGUCGAUGCAAGCGGGGCGCGUCUCGUCACGGUCCGCGGUCGCUUUACCGUAUGCUCGUGAAGCCGUUCGCUACUUUGUUGAACGCGGCGCUGUAUCUACGUCACUCCUUCCUGAUCUUGUCCCCCGCGCGAGACUCACGCACGACUGGUCCCUCGUGUUCCUCCUCUUGCGGCAUGUGCCAGACUUGAGUGAGGCCCAGGCAUUGACGUUCCUGCAUGAUGCUUUGCGGGCAGCGGCCGACUCGGAUCCACAAGCGCCAGCAAUUCCACGCGUGCUGCAGCACAUCCUUCUUCCCCCAGCCUUUUCGAAGCCUGCGUUGCGUGUGGCUUUGCGCACACACAUCACAGAUGAUGCCGAUGUGCUGAUACUUCUAGAUAUCCUGAACACGUGGAUCGAUCUCCACAUGGCUUCGGCUUGGGACUCGUCCUCUGUGCAUCGGAUGAAGGACGAGGUUCGUACUCUGCCGCUGUCCUCGGCGACAGCAGCAUCGAAACCGUCCUUGUCAUACAGAACAGGCGGCGUGCAGCCGGCGCGAUUCGAUGCGUGCUUGUCAUUUAUGGAGGACUUGAUCGAUACCUUUUUCCCACAAUGGCUCGGCGCGACAGCGAUGCAUCCUUUCCUCCGUGAAUGCACACGUUCCCUGUCGACGCAUGCCCAUACACUGCAGAUGGUAUCCAGGCUGCGUGCACCACUCGAGGGUCUGAUCUCUAGUGCGCAACAGGCUGAGUCUGGCGAUGAUGCACAGCGCUCGCGCCGUUUGGCAUUGCAUGAAGCAAGUCUACUUGUUCCUGCCUAUUCGAAAGAGGUUCUAGAUGUCUGA